AUGGACACCACCAGGAGCUAUCGUGUCAAGAAACGGUCAUCCAAUGCAUGCGUGCGUUGCCGGAGACAAAAGAUCAAAUGCUCGGGAUCCCAGCCGUGCGAGACAUGUCGAAAGCGGGACUUGACCUGUGUCUUUGAUGACCGUGAUCAAAAGAUCCUGGUCACCCGGGGAUUUCUCGAGGACCUGCAGAGAAAGAUUGCUCUGCUGGAACGCUCAAACGGCGAGAUCGACUCGCCAGGGUAUAGAGAACAGCCUCUUCAAAGGCAGGAAGAGGGGGAUGGGACCGACCCGAUUGAGGACACAGAAUGGGAUUCGACACAAGAAGGGCCUUCGGAGUUGACGAACCCAUUAUCGACAGGUCCAUCUACGUUCAUGGCAGCCGAAUCUGGUCGAAUAUUCUACCUGGGGACUUCGUCCAACUGGUCGUUUUCCCGAAAGGUGUUGAGUCUUCUCCACGUCCAUCUCUAUCAUUCGCCUCUUCCAACCGAGAGUCUGCUGUUUGACGAGUCGGCGUACGAUCUAGGAUGGGAUGGCUCCAGGACGGCAGUGUCAUUAGAAGUCCCCAUGACGCCGUCGCUCGAUUAUUCAAUUUAUCUCAUUAAUUCCGUCAAGUUCCACGCAGGGCAGCUCUACCAUCUUUUUGACGAAGGAUCUUUCAUGGAAGCUCUAUAUGCUUUCCACAACCAGUCAGACCACCAGGCGGCAGUCUCCCAACUAUGGUAUAUCCAGUACUUGCUGCUGAUCGCCUUCGGAAAGGCCUUUGUUGUACAGAGGAACCACGGGAAUACUCCAGCUGGUUACGAAUUCUUCCUGAAGGCACUUCAGCUACUUCCAGACAUCACCCGCCUCAGCCGCGAGCCCAUAAUCGCUACCGAAGUUCUCUGCUGUAUUGCUCUCUAUUUGCAGUCUCUUGACUUUCGCUCAUCAGCCUAUGGAUAUGCGGUUCGCAUCGCCCUUGCGCAAGGAAUGCACACGAAUAUGCCAGUAGACUCCCUUGGACCGGAAGUCGUCCAGCGAUGUCGGAAAAUAUGGUGGACAGUAUUUAUCCUUGACCGACAAAUGACGUCCCUGAUGGGGUUACCACAAUCACUCCAAGACAGCCAGAUACAUGAUGAACUUCCGCUGUUUCCUUCAUCGCCUCAGAAGUUGAUUGCACUAAAUCUCCAAAAGAAGAUGUGUCACAUCAUUGCGGAGCGGUCUAUGGUGCUGAUGGGAGGUUGA